AUGCAGAGGCUAACGCGACCGGGAAAGAAGGCUCCGAUCUUUUGGGACUCGGAAGGCGUGGACGGAGGUAAGUCCUCGCUUCGGGUGCGGGGCAGCGACAGAAACAACGGCAACACGAAGAAGGCUCUGCUGAAACAGAUGGCCGCGGGGAUCAAGAUCGUGAUAGCGCCGGCUAUCCUCUGUCGUGAGAAGAUCAACACUCUCGAGAAGCAGUACCGCGAAGCGCAGGAUUUCUUGGCUGCUACGGGGGCUGGAAUCACGGACGAGAAGGACCUUCGAGCUAUCGUGCAAAAGCGCUGCCCCUAUUACUACGAGCUUCAUGACGUGAUGAUCAACCGGCCAUCAAGCCGACCGAAGAUCACCUCAGAUGACCUUGAUGCAGAGGCGACAGCAGAACAUGGGGAAGGAGGCGCUAUCGUGCAACAGGGUGUUAGCCGUCCGCUCCCACUUCGGUCAUCGCAAGCAGGCAACAAAGGGAACACUGAAUCCGUUGAGAGAUUGCUGAACCAGCAGGCAGAGGUGCUAUGCGCUCGCGGAGAACAGCGGGAGAUGAUGAUGGUAUACCAAAAGCACAACUACAACCUGAAGGAGAAAGAGUUUAAGCUCAAGGAAGAGAAGAAUGCUCCUGAAUCUGCAAAACGCGAAGCGGUCGUUCAGUUGCUGCUGUCGCGUAAAAAAAUACAAGAUGAUGACGUUGAGCUGGACGACAUCGUCCGACUCCUGCCCCUACCGCCACAGGAGUGA